CAUUAUGCACCUGCCUCGCAUGCUAAUGUGGAUUAUUUUGAACUGGCUCCAAAAAAUGUCUUACCGCGUAAAGACCCAGAUCCAGAAUGUGAUAUCCGUUCAUCGGAACGUGAAGAUUGCAACGCAGACCUGAAGGCCCCAUUCGUGACCCCUGAGGAAUGCCUCAGCGCUGGCUGUUGCUACGAUGACAUGUUCAUGUCCGAACCAAGUGUAAAUUUCUACGGAGCAGAAGGCAGAAAUUGGUGCUUCGUUCGUAAAGGAGGAGCACCCUCUCCCACUAAAGCACCAGGUGCCCAAACUACAAAAGCAACAGGUGCUCCUGGUGUUACUGAGGCCCCUGGAGGUGGUCAAACAACAGGAGCCCCUGGUGUUACUGAGUCCCCUGGAGGCACACAAACAGGUAUAUGA